AAAUCAACUUCCACACACACAUUCAUGCUCUUAAUUUCUUCGUGCUAAAAUCCCCAGAUCGAACCGUGGCAGCGGGAGAGGAGGGAUUCUUCCUUUUUAAGCUCAGUUUGACUGCCCUGUUCGUAUGUGAAAUUGCAGGGCCCGCAAGGCGGGUGAGAGAGACAGGGAACGCUCCCUCACUCUAAACUUCGAAGAAAUGUUUCAACCCAGCAAACAGAGAUUACCUGAUAGAAUUUGAUCUAGUGGCCUUAUAUAGUGCUGAUCUUUCGGCGGAGCAAAAUUUCAUCGCUCUGUACUUGUGUAUCCAAUGAAAGAAAGGAAAGAGCAGGGAAGAAGUUAACUUUCCUGUUUAUGUAAGACGUUGUCCGACCAUUUAUGGUUUAGUGUCUCUUCUAGUCUUUAUUUGGAUACUUGACAAAUGCUUAUUCAUUGAGAUGGAUGGACAGCCUGUUUCGUCAGCCUUGGUGCCCGUAGAUGCAAAUGAAACCUAUAUAGAUGCGCAGGGCAAUGUGCAAAGUGGUGGAUUUAUACAGGCAGGGUCCAUAAUCCGAAAUUCCCAGAAACUUCAAGAUGGUUUACAAGUGUUAGGGAUGAAAAUUAAGCAGCAUGAGGAUAACCUAAAUCUUCUGAAUACUCAGAAGACUAAACUAGACGAUUCCAUUCUUGGUUUGCAAGAUAUCUUUGAGAAAUAUAAGUCAUCGAGCAUGCCCAAGAAUUGCAAAACGGACAAUCUGCAGCCAACAAGUGAGGAGGCAAUAAAUGAGCAGAUAUUGCAACAUGAAAAAUCUGCUGCUGGUUUAUUGUGCCAUCUGAAAACUCAUCAUGGAACUCAGGCAUCUAAUCUUUCAUGGACAAAGGAUGUUGUGGGUAUUGUUGCUACCCUGGGGAAAGUUGAGGAUGAUAACCUUAGUAGGCUUUUCUCAGAGUAUCUAGGAGUAGAGACCAUGCUGGCAAUUGUCUGUAGGACUUAUGAAGGAGCUAAAGCUCUUGAAAUUUAUAACAGCGAUGGCUGCAUAGACAAGAGCUCUGGUCUUCAUGGACUAGGCGCCUCAAUUGGAAGGGCCUUGAAUGGUCGUUUUAUAGUGAUGUGUCUGGAAUCUCUCAGGCCAUAUGCUGGUAAAUUUGUACUUGAUGACCCACAGAAAAGGCUGGACAUUUUAAACCCAAGACUACCCAAUGGGGAGUGUCCAGCUGGGUUUCUCGGCUUUGCUGUAAAUAUGAUAAAUAUAGACGGCUCGAACUUAUUUUGUGUAACGCCCAGUGGAUAUGGUCUCAGAGAAACUCUGUUUCAUAAUCUUUUUUCACGUUUGCAAGUAUAUCAGACGAGGGCGGAAAUGAUGAAAGCGCUUCCUUGCAUAAGUGAUGGGGCUGUUUCUUUGGAUGGAGGAAUGAUUAGGACAAAUGGUGUAUUUUCCUUGGGCAACAGGGAAGACGUGGAUGUGAAGUUCCCCAGCCCAGUGGAGUUUGAUAGCUACAAUGAAAUUGAGAGGCAAAUGAGGGUUUUGAAAGGGGAGAAGGACAAGAUUUUGGGGGACAUGAAAAGGGAACAAAGUUUGAUGGACGCAGCGAAGUUCAGUUUCAAUAAAAAGAAGAAUGAGUUUCUGAAGUUUUUAGCAGAAAGUUCAUCAUAUGCAACUCAGGUAAAUGCCUCCGUGAUGCCUCUCAACUGAAUGUAUGAAUAGACUUAUUCUGUCUGGAAAUCGCAAUCCGUAUACUGCUUGGUCGUGUAUGAGAUGUUAUAUGUUGCAAAGGAAAAUAAAUGAAAAUGAAAUAUAAAUUUACUCAAUUUUUGAUGCUUAAAUAUUAUCAAAAUUGUGGUUGCGUUCAAACAACAUAAGUUAGUGAACUCUUUUCGAA